GGAGAGAGGAGUAGUUGGUGUGGAUGUGCUGGUCAGGUGGUGGGAACAUGGCCUUGUCUUGAAACCUUUAAAUGCUUCCUCUGCUAUUUCCUUGACUUACUGUGGUCUUCGUGGUAAUUUUUGUGAGCUCAUUGAACAUUCUACGGUAUAUUGAGUAUACGUACUACCAGAGAAAAUUGAUUUUGGUGCUAUUAAACCCUGUGACAACAGGCCAGGAUCAUCAACGUGUCCAGUCAUGGACAAUACAAUAUCAUCAAACGGCAAGAUGAGCAGUUCAGAAGAGGUAUCGUGGAUUGCGUGGUUCUGUGGCCUUAGAGGAAAUGAAUUCUUCUGUGAGGUGGAUGAGGACUACAUUCAAGAUAAGUUUAACCUAACAGGCCUGAAUGAGCAGGUUCCUCAUUAUCGCCAAGCCCUCGAUAUGAUUCUUGACCUUGAACCAGAUGAAGAGGAAGAGAUUCCCCACCAGAGUGACCUUAUAGAGCAGGCAGCUGAGAUGCUGUAUGGUCUCAUACACGCACGUUACAUCCUUACAAACAGAGGUAUUGCGCAAAUGAUUGAGAAGUAUCAGGCUGGUGACUUUGGUCAUUGUCCAAGAGUUUAUUGUGAGAAUCAGCCCAUGCUGCCUAUUGGAUUGAGUGAUGUUCCUGGUGAGGCUAUGGUGAAGCUCUACUGUCCAAAAUGCUGUGAUGUAUACACACCAAAAUCUUCAAGGCAUCAUCAUAUCGAUGGAGCAUAUUUUGGUACAGGAUUUCCACACAUGCUUUUUAUGGUCCAUCCAGAGUAUAGACCAAAGAGGCCUGCUAACCAGUUUGUACCCCGGCUAUAUGGUUUCAAGAUACAUCCAAUGGCAUAUCAGAUUCAGCAACAAGCAGCAGCAAAUUUUAAAGCACCUAUGAGAGCUAUUAACUAUAAUAAUGGAAAACGCUAAUAAUAGUUAAUACUAAAUAAUUUUAUGAUAACUAUUAUGAUUAAAACUAAACACAUUGUUACUCCUAACCAAAUUAGUGAUUUUUUUUUUCCCCCAAACCAAAAGGAGUCCCUUAAAUGUAUUGCUUUAUUUCAGAUGUGACUUAGUUAAUAGUUUUUUUUUUUUUUGUGCAUUCCUUACAAAUGGUGCAAAUGAGUUGUGUGCCAACAUGAAAAUUUAUUUUGAGACCAUGAGAAUGAUAAAAUUAAGUAUGAAAGGGUGAAGUUGGUAGCACAAAUUUUAUAGCAAUGGACGUGACUGGGAGGUCUCUGCAUGGCAAGUCGACUGUACACAUUCCGGAAGAGUCCAUUACCUCACUCCUUAAUCACCUCUGGAGCCAUGGAGUGACCUCCCCAUUGAUGAAUUUUGGAUACCAUUUUCACAGCAUACAUGGUAUUUACCAAGAAUGAUGUAAGUUUGGCUUUCAACUUUAGGUAACUUCUAAUAAAAUGUAAAUAUAUAUUC